GGUGACUCUGAAGGUAAAAGGGGUCUCAUCAGCAUUUAACGGGGCGAAGCAAUUUACUUAUAUUGUUUCACUCACGAAAAACACCUUUGCUCUUUCUGCUAAAAUCUCUGCUCAAGUAUCACCUAUUGAAGCUCUAUUCUUCUACAGGACGCAGGCGCAAAUUCCAGAACGUGUAGCUAUCGACGAAUUUGUUUCAUCUGGAAUACAAGAGUAUUAAGCCGUGAAUCACUGUCGGAAUCAGUUAUGAAGCUCCGGUAUGCAAUGGUGUGCUCGUCUAACCAGAAUCGGAGCAUGGAGGCCCAUUUUCUACUGAAAAGGGAGGGCUUUGAUGUGGCCUCAUACGGCACUGGGCAACACGUGAAGCUUCCGGGUCCUUCUAUUAGGGAACCCAAUGUCUACGACUUCGGUACUCCUUAUAAGCAGAUGUUCGAUGACCUCCGCCGCAAAGACCUCGAACUGUACAAACGAAAUGGAAUAUUGCCUAUGCUGAAAAGGAACUUGGGUGUAAAACUUGCACCUCAACGUUGGCAGGAAAAUGCAACUGAUGGUCCCUUUGAUGUUGUAAUUACAUUUGAAGAAAAAGUUUUUGAUUUGGUGCUUGAAGACCUUCAUAACCGAAACCAAGUUCUCUUGAAGCCGGUUCUUGUAAUCAAUUUAGAAGUAAAAGAUAACCAUGAAGAGGCAGCAAUUGGAGGUCGUCAAGCUUUGAUUUUGUGUCAAGAACUUGAUGCGACUGAAAAUUGGGAGGAUACAAUUGAUGAUAUCAUCAAUAAUUUUGAGAAACAGCACCGACGGAAGCUCCUGUACAGCAUCUCCUUCUACUGAAAGGGUAGCGAUCUUAGUAUCAGUUUGUUCGGUAUCCAAUUUGUCUGCUGGUAUUCUGGGAACACAUCACCUUUUUAUGUAGAACCUUCCCAGUUAUGUCAAGUGAAGAAACAAUUGCUUCAAAAGACUUUGCUGGCUUGGAUUUUUUUGUGCAGUGUUCCUGCUUGUCCGUUCUCAUAAAGCAUAGCAAAGUAAUCGUUUUACUUAGAAUUCUGUUUAAAUUUAAGACAGUAACAUCUUGGAUUUGAGAGCGAAUUAACUCAUGCGUUGUUCCAACUGAUGAUAAUUUCAAUCAUUUGUUACAA